AGUAACGCACGUGUGGACGGAGGAGCUGCAGAAGAACGUGAGUACCGAGCGCGUGCAACCGGAGCAGACGGUAACACGCGGCGGACAUCUUUUCCGCAGCGGUGGAGCCAGAGCAGCACGCUGAAGUGACCGAGGAGGAGGAGAGCGCCACGGACCAGGACGAACAGAGUUGUCGGUGUCUGUCCCCGGGCCUCUGUGUGUGCGCACGCGCGCGUGUGGGUUGCCAUCGCAGCUGGUUGAGUUGGUUCCAUCAGUAGCCGGGACCGAACAGAGGACCGGGCGGCGGACGUCAUGGCGGACUACUUGAUCAGCGGGCAGACCGGUUACGUCCCCGAAGACGGUUUAGCGGGACAGCAGCUGUUCAACGGGGGAGACGGACUCACGUACAACGACUUUCUGAUCCUGCCAGGUUACAUCGACUUCUCAUCAGAUCAAGUGGACCUGACAUCAGCACUCACCAAACAAAUCACCAUGAAGACCCCCUUUGUCUCCUCUCCUAUGGACACUGUCACAGAGGCCGACAUGGCCAUUGCUAUGGCACUAACAGGUGGUAUCGGCUUCAUCCACCAUAACUGCACUCCAGAAUUUCAGGCGAAUGAAGUUCGCAAAGUGAAGCGUUAUGAGCAGGGCUUCAUCACAGACCCCGUGGUGAUGAGCCCCAACGAGAGCGUACAGGACGUCUUCCAGGCCAAGGCUCGCCAUGGCUUCUGCGGCAUUCCUAUCACAGACAACGGCAAAAUGGGCGGCAAGCUGGUGGGCAUCAUUUCUUCCAGAGACAUCGACUUCCUGAAGGAGGACGACCGCCUCCUGCCGCUCAGCCAGGUGAUGACAAAGCUGGAGGAUCUAGUGGUCGCCCCUGCUGGAGUGACGUUGAAAGAAGCCAAUGAAAUCCUCCAGAGAAGUAAGAAAGGUAAAUUGCCUAUAGUGAAUGAAGAGGGAUCCUUGGUGUCAAUCAUCGCUCGCACAGACUUGAAGAAGAACAGAGACUUCCCUCUGGCCUCCAAAGAUUCCCGUAAACAGCUGCUGUGUGGUGCAGCCAUCGGUACCCACAACGAUGACAAGUACCGACUGGAUCUGCUGGUGCAGAGCGGCGUGGACGUGGUCGUACUGGACUCCUCUCAGGGCAACUCGAUCUACCAGAUAAACAUGAUCAAAUGUAUCAAAGAAAAGUACCCCCACCUACAGGUCAUCGGAGGCAAUGUGGUGACUGCAGCUCAGGCGAAGAACCUCAUCGAUGCAGGAGUAGAUGCGCUCAGAGUGGGGAUGGGCAGUGGCUCCAUCUGCAUCACACAGGAAGUGCUGGCAUGCGGCAGACCCCAGGCCACAGCUGUCUAUAAGGUAUCGGAGUACGCACGUCGUUUCGGUGUGCCCGUCAUCGCUGACGGCGGCAUCCAGACUGUUGGGCACAUCGCCAAAGCUCUGGCACUGGGAGCAUCUACAGUGAUGAUGGGCUCUCUCCUGGCCGCCACUAGUGAAGCUCCUGGUGAAUAUUUCUUCUCUGACGGCAUCAGACUGAAGAAGUACCGUGGAAUGGGCUCUUUGGAUGCCAUGGACAAAAACCUGGGCUCCCAGACCAGAUACUUCAGUGAGAGCGAUAAGAUCAAAGUUGCUCAGGGUGUUUCUGGAGCGGUGCAGGACAAAGGCUCCAUCAACAAGUUUGUUCCCUACCUGCUGGCCGGCAUUCAGCACUCCUGUCAGGACAUCGGCUCAAAGAGCCUCACACAGCUCAGAGCCAUGAUGUACUCUGGAGAUCUGAAAUUUGAAAGGAGAACAUCAUCAGCUCAGAUGGAGGGUGGAGUCCACAGCAUGCACAGCUACGAGAAGCGUCUGUUUUGAGGACGUUUAUCCCGAAGAUGAGGAAUCCUUCCAAUGACAUUAUGCAAUCACACUACUUGCCAGACCCUCUCGUUUCAUACUCUACACAUGCAGACUAACUUUUCAUACAAAUGUGUCUCUAAAGAUCAGUUGUCACACACACACACUCUUCCAAGGAUCAUCGGUCUUCCUGCCAGUGCCAUCUAUGCAUCGUCUGUGUUUUUAUCCGUUUGUGUGUGAAGGAGGGAACUAAGCAUUUCUAUGUAUUUAUCAGUACAUGUGUGAUUGAAUCCUCCAAUGUCUCCAGUUUACUGCUGUGAUCAUUCUAAGGCAAAAAAGUUGUUCAAUAAUAAUAAAGCUCUUGUUUUUUCCACAA